AUUAUUUUCCCAUCACUAAAGCCAUAUGUACAAAAAAGCAGAAAUGCAACUUAUUGUCUGCAUAAUUAUAUUUCUAAGAAUCACGCCGACAUUCACGGGUUAUUUAUUAUUUUAUUUACUGCGUUAGCUGGAUACAAUAUUAUUUAAUGAUUAUUUAAUGUGUUUUCAUCCCCUUCGCUGAGCUUCGCCACUGUCUUGCCAGUGUUGUAAAACACCUAGAACUUAUCAGCUGUUUGCUUGCGUUAACUUUUUCACGCGACGCAAAAGCGCAUAAGUUUUCCUAAAUACAUUUUGGUUGAUUUUCAAAAAAUCACAUCACUAUGGACGCUUUUGACGGUUUUGACGCUCUACUAAUUGCAAGUGUUAAGCAAAACGUUUCAAUAUACGAGAAAUAUCACACUAAAUAUGAAAGAAAGCUGGCGUGGGUUGCAGUGGCCCAAGCAUGCCAGAAAUCAGUUGAAACCUGUCAAGUUAGAUGGAAGACCCUACGAGAUCGUUAUGUGAGGGAAUUGCCAAGGCCCGCUGGCAAAAGGAUCAAUAUUCUUAGGUUUGAAGAGCUCGAUUUCCUCAGGGAGCACAUACGAACCAAAAGGAAUCUGAAAGAACUGUGCAACUGUGCAUUAAACACAAAUACAACGUUUGUGCCGGGUGAAAACGAGGAAAGCAAGUCGGCGGAUGAACCAGCCCUUAAACGCAACUGCACCACUGAAUUUCAGCCGGAUGAGUUUAUAUUUUAUAAUGGCGAUGAGGCUGAGUAUCUCAGUGAGACGGAUAACUCCAGUGCGGAGUUUAUAUCAGAGGAUUCAGCGUGCAAUAUAAGCAGCGAGCUGCCAUACGAAACGAAAGCCAGUGUGACUGGCGAAGGACUGAGUCAAACUCAAGCCCAGUUCAUGAACGUAGUGAAUCUCAUCGAGAGUGCGUUGAAGGACAAGCCGGCGGAGCCCCAAGAUCCCUUCUACAAGUAUCUGGAGAGCAUAUUGGCUGGCGUGGACGAAGGCACUCGAAGAGAUAUACAGCUGAAAGUGCUCAACUUUGUCAGUGACGAAAUCAAGCGAAGUAGACGAACGUAGUAUAAUAGAAAUGAUACCAAAGUAAUUGUAUAUAUGUGU